AUGACUAACUUACCAGCCAUGGGCAUAGCAAUUCUCGCCUUGGGAGUGGCCCUUCUUCCGCAUCGAGCUACACCGAAUGCAACUCUAGAUAUGAACCUCCAAGGCUCAGAUCAAGCUUCUUUAGACACCAAAAUACGGGCCUUCCUCGCACCCAGCUCUUCCACAAAGGAGUUUGGGAGCUUAACCGCAUUGGAUGAGAUAAAAGGCUCCAGCAUGAGUGACCUCGCAGAGCUUUUGCCGAUGCUGAAAUCAAAAACUGCAAAGAAUGGCAAUCAAUUGCCGAAACUAUCCAUAAUAACAAAUCAGUAUAGUAGUGUAUCGACUGCUGGCAACUUUAACCGGUACCACAGGUUCAUCAUGAUUUGCCGAGCAUACUACGGGUCGAGACCAUCGACUAACACACUCAGAAUGGAGUGCAUCGAAGCCAAAGAAAGCAUAGAACGGGGCUGA